GAUCAAACACUAAUGGUGACCCAGUUGAGCAAAAUGGAUUCCCAGAGAAGCCUAAUGCCUCUUCUUUUCUUGAUUCUAGGUUCACUACUAUGCCUCUGUUCAACUUCCACCCUACCUACUGAAUACUCCAUUGUAGGACAAGACCUUGAUGGAUUUUUGUCAGAGGAACGGGUGGCCGAGAUCUUUGAGCAGUGGCAACAGAAGCACCGUAAGGUGUAUAAGUAUGCUGAGGAGGCCAAGAAGAGGUUUGAGAACUUCAAGAGGAACUUGAAGUAUAUUAUUGAAAAGAAUGGGAAGAGAAGAUCAGAUGGUGGACAUAAAGUGGGGUUGAACAGCUUUGCUGAUAUGAGCAAUGAGGAGUUCAGGAAGGCCUAUUUGUCAAAGGUGAAAAGACCAGUCAAUAAAUUGAUCAGAAGGGAUCUGGAGAAGAAGAAUAUGGAGAGAAAGGUGGAGAGUUGUAGCGCGCCGUCCUCCCUGGAUUGGAGGAACUAUGGAAUUGUAACUGGUGUCAAGGAUCAGGGUGAAUGUGGAAGUUGUUGGGCAUUCUCCUCAACUGGAGCCAUGGAAGGAAUAAACGCCCUAGUUACAGGAGACCUUAUUAGUCUUUCAGAACAAGAGCUUGUGGAUUGUGACACUACCAACUAUGGAUGUGAAGGAGGAUACAUGGACUAUGCCUUUGAAUGGGUCAUAAACAAUGGUGGGAUCGACACCGAAGCUGAUUAUCCCUACACAUCCGUUGAUGGUGAAAGUGGGACUUGCAACACCACUAAGGAGGAAAGAAAAAUUGUUUCUAUUGAUGGCUACACAGAUGUAGAUGCAUCAGACAGUGCUCUGUUGUGUGCUGUUGCUCAGCAACCCAUUAGUGUUGGUAUGGAUGGUUCUGCAAUUGAUUUUCAACUGUAUACAGGGGGAAUUUAUGAUGGGAGCUGCUCGGACAAUCCAGAUGACAUUGAUCAUGCUGUUUUAAUUGUUGGUUAUGGAUCAGAAGAUGGUGAGGAUUAUUGGAUAGUGAAGAAUUCAUGGGGAACAAGCUGGGGAAUAGAUGGAUAUUUCCUAAUUAGAAGGAACACCGAUUUAGAAUAUGGUGUUUGUGCCAUCAAUGCCAUGGCCUCUUACCCCACCAAGGAAUCCUCUUCACCUUCACCCUAUCCAUCACCCAGUGGGACUCCACCGCCACCACCCUCGCCUUCCACCCCAUCCCCACCACCACCACCACCCUCACCACCUCCUCCUUCCCCUUCACCAAGUGAAUGUGGAGACUACUCCUAUUGUCCAAGUGAUGAGACAUGCUGUUGCAUCUAUGAAAUUUUUGAUUACUGCCUGUUAUAUGGCUGCUGCCCCUAUGAGAAUGCUGUUUGCUGCACUGGAACUGAAUACUGCUGCCCAGGUGAUUACCCCAUCUGUGAUGUGGAAGAGGGACUCUGCCUUAAGAAUGCUGGAGACUUCCUCGGAGUAGCGGCAAGGAAGAGAAGGAUGGCAAAGCACAAGUUUCCAUGGACUAAAUUUGAGCAAACAGAGAAGACAUACCAACCUCUGCAAUGGAAGAGGAACCCCUUUGCUGCAAUGCGCUAGAAGUUGAAGGUUGAUGUUACUUGAUUGUUGUGAGGCAUCCUUCGUUUCCUAUAUAUCUAUCUAUGCCAAAUUCUGGAAGCAAACAUUAAGAAGAACAAUGGCUUGUCUAGGUGGAUUUGAAUUUGGUAAGUGUUUUGAUUCUUAUUGGAGAAAACUAUGAUUAAUUUAUUUCUCAUGGCUUAUUGUAUUGUUCAAGCCAAUCUUUUGGAAUCCUUGUUGUGUAAGUACUAAGCAUAUACAUUUGGGUCAUUAAUAAGGACCUCUUUCUACCAUUUUUCUUUUUAAAAUUGGUAUUUGAUGCAUCACUAGUUCGUUUUGCUCUUUUAGCGGAAUGAAUUCAGCUUGGUUGG